GUCGCCACGGUCCGCUCGGACGGAGUCGUGUUAAUCGCAGAAGUCAUCAUGGCGCUCACUUCCUCGCAGCAAGCGCACCCGUUCAACCAUUUGAUUGACACAUUACAGACAGAGAAAAAUAAAGCUAAAAAAUAUUUCAAUCCUCAGAAGCUUGGGGAUCCCAAAUAUGAGAGACUGCCUUUCUCUAUUCGCGUGCUGCUGGAGGCUGCCAUCCGAAAGUGUGAUGGAUUCUACGUGAAGCAAGAGGAUGUGCAAAAUAUUCUGAACUGGGAAAAGCUGCAGAAUGAGGCUGAAAUUCCCUUCUCUCCUGCGCGAGUGCUGCUACAGGACUUCACGGGCAUUCCCGCCUUGGUGGACCUGGCAGCCAUGAGAGAUGCUGUGGCCAAGAAUGGAAUCGACCCCAACCUCAUCAAUCCCAAAUGUCCUACUGACCUUAUAGUAGAUCACUCACUACAGAUUGACUUCAGCAAGUGUGCCAUCCAGAACGCACCCAAUCCUGGUGGGGGUGAUGGACAUGGGGCGACGCAACGCUCGGUCCCUGGUCGGCUGUCUUCCAGAAGCAGUCAGUGUGGGAGUUCUAGAGGAGGCUGCAGUAAAGGCUCAUGCAGUGAUGCUCCCUCAAGCUCCAGCAAAGCUCCCGUAGUACAGAUAGAGAACACACCACUUCUCUGCCCCUUUCACCUGCAGCCUGUCUCAGAGCAGGAGACUGCGCUCAAAAACCAGGAGAUGGAGCUCAUAAGAAACAAAGAAAGACUUCAGUUCUUUAAGUGGUGUAGUAAAGCAUUUAAGAACGUGAGUGUGGUUCCUCCAGACAUUGGAUCAGUACACCAGGUCAAUCUGGAGUAUCUGUCUCGGGUAGUGCAGGAAAGCGAGGGUUUUGUCUUUCCUGACAGUGUAGUGGGCACGGAUUCUCACACUACAAUGAUCAACGGCCUUGGCAUACUUGGUUGGGGAGUAGGAGGGAUAGAGUCAGAGGCAGUUAUGCUAGGUCAGCCUGUAUCUCUAACACUGCCACAGGUUGUGGGGUGUAAGUUAGUGGGAUCCAUCAGCACACUGGCUACAUCUAUAGACAUAGUUCUUGGCAUCACUAAGCAUUUGCGACAGGCUGGCAUCAGUGGGAAGUUUGUGGAAUUCUUUGGUCCAGGUGUGUCGCAGCUCUCAGCAGCAGACAGAACCACCAUUGCUAACAUGUGCCCUGAAUACAAUGCUACUGUUAGCUUUUUUCCCGUGGAUGAAACCACACUCAAGCACUUUAAACAGACCAACUUUGCAGAAGAGAAACUUGAAGUUAUGGAGAGUUACCUUAAAGCUGUUAAGCUGUUCCGGAGUUCUGAUGACCAGGCAGAAGAUCCACAUUAUUCUGAGGUCAUUGAGGUUAACCUCAAUUCUAUCAUGCCCUCGGUCAGUGGACCCAAACGGCCGCAGGACCGGGUGCCUGUAACCUGUAUGAAGGAGGACUUCCUCAGCUGUCUCAAUGAGAAGGUGGGUUUUAAAGGGUUCCACAUUCCGAGAGAGAAGCAGGGCAUUUUGGUGCCGUUUCAACACGAGGGCACUGAGUACACGUUGUCUCAUGGAUCGGUCGUCAUUGCUGCUGUCAUCAGUUGCACCAACAACUGCAACCCCUCAGUCAUGCUCACUGCAGGCCUCCUAGCAAAGAAAGCAAAGGAGGCAGGUCUUACAGUGAAGCCUUACAUCAGGACCAGUCUAGCUCCAGGCAGUGGCAUGGUUACACACUACCUCAACGCCAGCGGAGUGCUGCCUUACCUCAGCCAGCUUGGGUUUGAGGUUAUUGGUUAUGGAUGUGCCACCUGUGUUGGGAACACAGCACCUUUGCCUGAAUCUGUGGUAGAUGCCAUUAAAGAGGGUGAUUUGGUUGCAUGUGGAGUGUUGUCUGGUAGCAGGCAUUUUGAGGGACGCCUUUGUGACUGUGUUCGUGCCAAUUACCUAGCUUCACCUCCCCUGGUGGUGGCUUAUGCCAUCGCAGGCACAGUUGGGAUUGACUUUGAGAAAGAGCCUCUUGGACUGAAUGCAGAAGGUAAGGAGGUGUUCCUGAAAGAUGUUUGGCCAUCUAAAGAAGAAGUGCAGGAUGUAGAGGAGCACACAGUUGUCGCCUCCAUAUUCAGAGCUCUCAGGAGUCGGAUUCAGAAAGGGAGCCCAUUUUGGAAUAACAUGGACGUUCCAGACUCUGUGCUUUUUCCCUGGGAUCCCAAAUCCACAUACAUUCGUUGCCCUCCUUUCUUUAGCAAACUUUCUAAAGAGGUGUCUGUGCCUGGGUCCAUCGAUAAUGCUCAUGCUCUGCUGUUUCUGGGAAACAAGGUCACCACUGAUCACAUCUCUCCUGCCGGCAGCAUUGCCCGUAUAAGCGCAGCUGCCAAGUAUCUACAAAGCAAACGCCUGACACCUCGUGAGUUCAACUCUUAUGGUGCACGUAGAGGGAACGAUGCUGUCAUGACAAGAGGAACUUUUGCCAGCAUCAAACUCCAGAACCGCCUCAUUGGCAAGACUGGCCCCAAAACCCUGCACGUUCCAUCCGGACAGAUGCUGGACGUGUUUGAGGCAGCUGAGAGGUACCAGAGAGAUGGAUUUCCUCUCAUCAUCCUAGCAGGGAAGGAGUAUGGCUCAGGCAGCUCCCGGGACUGGGCAGCCAAAGGACCUUACCUAUUGGGAGUACGGGCAGUGAUUGCAGAGAGCUUUGAGAAGAUGCAUAAGAACCACCUGGUGGGGAUGGGAAUUGCGCCUCUGCAGUUCCUACCUGGGCAGAAUGCUGACUCACUGGAGCUCAGUGGGAAGGAAAGGUUUUCUAUCUCACUCCCAGAGGAGCUCACUCCCCAACAAGAGCUAACCGUACUGACCAGCACUGGAAAGAGCUUCAGUGUGGUGACCCUAUUUGAGAACGAGAUGGAUGUGGCAUUUUAUAGACAUGGAGGCCUCCUGAAAUACGUGGCCCGCAGUAUGCUGCAGUAACGUCUCUCCAGCCUGCUUUGUCAAUGGCUGUAGACUCAGAUGCUGAGCAAGAGCUCGUAAUCUAGACUGCUAAGCUCCAUCCAGAUUGAGCCACAGACUGGUUGUGUAGGGCUGUUGAAGGCCUGGCAAUGGCUCUGGACUCUAAUCAGUGACUCUUCAGGCCCUGGACUCUGCUGUGCCUGUUUUUUGCUGUUUCCUCUAUCGCACCCCCCUGCAGGGCUUCUGCUAGAGGAUGCAUCUCUCUUGCACAAAAAAAAAAGAAGAAAAAAAAAGUCUGCUGUUUCUUUCUGUAAAGGCUAGCUGUCCUACAAGGAUGUGAGAAGAAAUCCAGAGUGCACGCAGUGUCAGUUCUGUAGCUCUGAGUAAAUGAUUUGCAAGAAGCAGAGUUCGCUUCUAGAGCUCUAGAACAGUAAGAACUCCUGAAUCGAUUCUGGAUUGCUCCCAUUGGGCUGAGAUGCAUGGUCUUUGAGAUGUCUGUUGGUACUGAAAACAGAAAUGCCGUAUCUGCUCAGCACGCCAGUGGACUUCCAGUCAAGCUCUAAGAUCCUGGUGCUAGGCUCUCGCACAGACUACACGAUGUCCUCACUCUCGUCAGUGCUUCUUAAACUGAUACUGGUCUUUACUUCUGCUAUAGUGCUUACAGGCAAAUGGGUGGAGCUUCUUUUCUGUUUCAGUGGGUUUGUUUUGUUUACUUGUGUAAAAGACUAUGUUACAGUGUACGAAGUCAAACAAAAUGCCUAGUCAUCUCACUUAUUCCCACUCUCUUUUUAUUCAAUUUAAAUGUGUUUUUUUUUUAGUAGUAUGAAUGUUACCUCAGAGAUUGCCAUCAUUAUGAAGAUAAAAGCACUAUUUGUCUUGAUCCGAUCCAGUGCAGAAUCUUUAUCAGUUUACGGAUAUUACUUGCCCUUCAGGUGUAUUAGAGAGCAUCAAUGCCUUGAUUUAGUUACUGCAAUAAACACAAUGCCAUUGACUUGGUGCUUUUAUCUAAGCUAAACUAAAUCACUUUAAGUGGGAUUUUCCUUAUGAAACUAGAUAACAUGUUUCCAUUUUUGAAAGGUGAAUAAUAUUACUAAGUGGUGACCCUGGUUGAUGAUCUGGCCACUUUUAGGAAAGAAUACAAAUGAUUGAUUAGGUGAAAAACAAAGUUUAGACAAGUGAUCAUUAUAUCACUGAUCAUUGAAGUCACUGAAAACGGCCCAAAUUAGAAAUUAAAUGUUUAUGCACAUUUGUUGUUGAUGCUUCAAACAAUCAUAUCUAUGAAGGAGCGAGAAAUUUUGACUGCCUAGAGCAAGUGCCUGGAGGAAAAUGCCUUUCCUUAUCAUGAUGCCAGCUGAGUUGCUUUUCAAUGUAAUGUGAUGAGCUAUAAGGCCAGCUAUAUGAACAGCACUGAGUAAUAAUACAGGACUGAAAAAUGCUAAUUCUUUCUCCUUUAGUUCUAUCUCACAGCUAUCCCACAACGAUCCCAGUAUGCUUAUCAUACCAGGAACGCUGAAAGUAAAUUUAACAUGUACCCCAAUUAAUGGUUCUGCUUUGUAGUAACAUCAUUUGCCUCGGAAGUGCGAUCCUGUAUGGACUGCAUUUUCUGAUUAUGCAUCUACAUGGUGUUUUUCUUUUCACACACACCUCUACUGUAUACGUGUACUACAAUGACUGUUUGUCUAGAACAGUUCUGGAUGUAUUGCUGAUCCUUUUCACUCUUCGUGUGAAAUGACCGUAUGCAAACGCACCUGCUGAGUAUGGGCGGUGGGGUAAAGAUAAGGAAGUUCCUCUCUUAGUAUUAAAGAAAAGAAUACAUAUCAUUCUGUUUUGCCGUUGUAAAUAAUUUGUAAUAAAUGAUAACAAGAGUAAA